AUGUUGCUAAUCAACAAGAAAACAGAUUGGGAUCUCUUUAGAACGAAUCUAGACGAGACCUUAACCCUCACAGUAAGACUAAGAACACCUAUUGAAAUUGAUACUGCUGUUGAACAACUGACUAAUAACAUCGUAAAAGCGGCGAAAUCGACAACACCCAUAACACUAAUAGGUGGUAAUCGUGAGAUUACCUACCCAAUGGAAAUUAGGGAACUAGUAAUACAAAAACGAAAGGCACGGAAAAAAUGGUACCGAACGAGAGAUCCUUUGGAUAAAAACGUCUGGAAUCGUACUAACAAACUUUUACAUGACAAAAUUAAAAAAAGGAAAAAACGAAAUGUAUGAUUUUAAUCAUACUUAAGUGAACUUUCUGCAAAGAAUAACACUGAUUAUUUAUUAUGGAAGGCUACAAGACGCAUGAAGAGUUCUAGCGCCUAUGUACCACCUAACCGAAUGGAAGAUGGAUCAUGGACAUGCCCAAAAUAA